GGGCCCUGAGAGGAAAUGACUUGCACUGUGCAUGAGUCUGCGAUCACUGCUCGCCUCUGCUCUAUCGGUCCUGAACUCUCAACUAACUCAUUCAACUUCCGACCAUACGCUGAACAUCAACCUGUAAAACAUGGUGACAAAAACAAGCCUGUACGAAUGGCACUUUCGAUGAAAAAAAAACAUACCUUCAGCCAUUUACAACAGUCAAAUGCGAAGAUGUGCAUCCAGGACUUCUGUAACAAAAACAUGGCUGCUACAGCGGUCUCCUGGCCCGUUCCCAUGAGGGCUAUCGGAGCUCAGAAUCUGCUCACCAUGCCGGGAGGAGUCACCUGGUCUGGGUAUCUGCACAAGAAAGGAGGGAGCCAGUUCAGCCUGAUGAAAUGGCCGCUCCGCUUCAUUAUAAUCCACAAAGGCUGCGUCUACUAUUUCAAGAGCAGUACUUCUGCCACACCGCAAGGAGCUUUCUCCCUCAAUGGCUACAACAGGGUUCUGCGGGCAGCAGAGGAGACGACAUCUAGCAAUGUUUUCCCCUUCAAGAUCGUCCACUUCAGUAAGAGACACCGGACGUGGUAUUUCUCAGCCGCGAGUGAGGAUGAGAGAAGGACAUGGAUGAAGAACUUGAGAAAAGAAAUCAACUUUUAUAAUGAUAAAAGAGACAUGCCGCUUCCAAGCGAUGACUCGGAUUCUGAGAGCAUAUAUGGGCAGUUAGAGGAACCGCUGGAGAUCAGUCCUGUUGAAUAUGACUUUGAAGCAGAUUACAUGACACAAGAUGAAGACAGUGAUGGAGAGGACUGGUCCCCGACAUCAGCAGGUCGACCCACGGUCCCACCCCCACCGUACCCACCACCCCCUGUUCCCUUUCAGCCGUCCAGAGAAACCAAUCACACGAAAGGACCUCCACCUCCACUGCCCCCUCCAUUCAAAAAGCCUGUGUAUUCAGCCAAAGGUCCUCCUCCACCCCUUCCGUACGCCCCGCAUCUAGAGAAACCAGACUCGCACCUGUCUACCAAAUGCCCCAUUGGUCCCAUUCCCCCUCUACCCCCACCAAACAGCAUGAAGACCAUGACAGGCCCGUUCUCAACAAUGCCCGUUUGCGAGAGGAAGCCGAACACAUUUCUCACUGGGAAUAAUCCAGCUACUUUACCCAUCAUCGAGAACUUGCAGAAGGUGAUUCUGAACAGUGGAAGUAAAGCACAGCACCUGACAGUGAAGAGCACCCCCCAACCCCGUCCCGUCUCGCCUCAACUGUCCUCUGCUCUUAACAGGAGCAUGGGACAGAUACCCAAACCUCCCUUACCAACCAAACCCAAGCCCAGCAGACCCUCCGUCCAAAGAGCAUCACCGGAUGGACAAAGUUUUCGUUCUUCUAUUGAAGAGAAUCCUUUAAAAAAACGAGUGCCGAGCAGAAUCAGCGAAGACUCGGACGAUGAUGACUAUGAAAAUGUGCAGCUGCCUCCCUCUGUCUUCGUGGACACGUUGGAAACCAAUAAUGUUGAAAGAAUAUUUAAGGAGACGUACCACCUCCCACAGAACGGUCUGUACUGCAUCCGAAAAUCAGGAACAGGGAGAACAACACAGGUGCUGGUUGUUUGGGACACGGGUAUCAAUAAAGCCAGAAAUUACAGGCUCUUUGAAGAGGAGCAGAAGGUUUACCUGGAGGCAGAUCUGACAUUCCCCUCUUUAUCUGCCCUGAUCGAACAUUACCACAUUCACCCACUGCCCAGCAGCAACAACUCUCUGCCCAACUACUCCCUGUGCUUACAUAUACCAUACGGCUGCAUCCCACCCAGGUGACCUCGGCCUCCUGUUCUGUGCUGAAACACCAGUGCCCACUCUGUGUGUGAACAUGUGGACCGGCCCACGGCAGACAGCUCCCUCUACUGGUUGGAGUCGCCGUCACACUCUAAUGAGGACCUAUCGCCAUACGGACAAUAAAUGAGUGCUAAUGAACUGUUAAUUUAAGUCCAGUGAGUCUACAUGGACACAAUGUUAGUGCAAGUCUUAUGGAUUUUCAAGGAACCUCCAG